ACGCCACCUACAGCUGACCCAGUGCGUGUGCGUCGAACGAACGAAAGCACCAAAUCAUUUCCCUAGCCGUGGCGCACCUCUGCUAUGUCCUCACAAAAUACUCACAAUUUAUCCGAUGGAAUCUCGAAAAACCACAAUAAACAGUUAUUUACAUACACAAUGCACCAUAAUAUGCGAAAAAGUUCAAUAAAAACGCGCAAUUAAACUUAGAAAACGAUUUUUGAAAAGCACGAAUGUCUGCAGGCGUCCGCCAUAAUGUUUCCUUCGAAACGAAUAAUAUAGUUCUUAUUGCUCUUGUAGCAAUUCGCUCUAUUCGCUAUUCAAAAUGGCGACCGUAUUACGAACACACUCCGCGUUUGCGCGACUUUUAUUUGGAAAAAAUGGACGAAUCUUGAACAACUCACUUGAUUUGGGUGCAAAAUUAUUGCCGGAAUCACAAUUGGCACUAUCUUCAAAACAUUACUCUAGUUACGGAAAAUCACCGUUUGUGCGUAAAAUCAAAGAGCAAUAUAAUUAUGAAAUAGAAAAGAAUCCGCCAGAAUGGGAAUACGUCAAACGUUUGCUGCCGUUUACUACUAUACCUAAGAUAAUUCCCAAAGAUAGUUAUCCUUCAGGAUGGGUCCCCCCAAAAGAAGAGGCGUUAAACCAUCCAUACUUUUUAUCAAGAACAAAAAAUGCUGAGCUACCUAUCUAUUUAAAGAUUACUUACAGGGGAAUGCGUAAAAUAUCCAUAAUAAGAAAAAUUGAAGGCGACAUAUGGCUUUUGAACGAUGAAAUCAAACAAUAUUUAAAACAGAAGAACAAGAGAUACGUAGAAACUAGAGUCCAUGAAGUUGCGCGGUUGAUUGAAACUAAAGGGGAUUAUGUAAAUGAUUUACGAGAAUGGGCCCUAUCCAAGGGUUUUUAAAUGUAGUUUUUACUUAAUAGCCAAUGUUGGUAAUUCCUAAUAAAUUUUUUAGUGUAAAAA